AUGGACCCUUACUCCGCGCAGAACUACUAUCAACAAUACCAGUAUCAACAGCAGCAAUCGUCUUCUUCCUCCGAUGUCAACCCCUACCAUCAGCCCUAUGCGGGCCCAAUGUACCCUAUCCCCGGCUCAUCAACCUCUGCACAUAGCGCACCUGUGCCUGCUAAUGCGUACGAAUACGACGUGGGAAUCUUGGCUCAGCAGAGUGUCUAUGUUCCCGGUGCCAUGCUCGACAAGCGUGGUGGGGCAGGAGGCAAGCUAGCUAAAGGUGGAAAGCGUACGACCGUGCUUCGCAAAGGGGGAGGAAAGGUCUGGGAAGACCAAACGCUGCUGGAGUGGAAUCCUUCCUGGUUCCGUUUGUUCGUUGGCGAUCUGAGUAAUGAUGUCUCUGAUGAUGUGCUCUCGAACGCCUUCAACAAGUACACGUCCUUCCAGAAAGCACGGGUCAUCCGAGACAGGCUGAGCAGCAAGGCUAAAUACGGCUUUGUUGCGUUUUCGGACCCCGAAGACUUCCUGAAGGCCUGGAAAGAAAUGGACGGCAAGUACGUCGGAAACAGGCCCAUCAAACUGAAGAAGGCAGACAACACUGUCAAUCCAGUGGAGAUCGGUCAUCGCAAGGCCAAACAGCUCGAGAAGGAGCUUAAGAAGAACAGGCACAAGCCUUACUGA